UAUCCAUAAUAUUGCUUUAUCCAAUGUGAAUUGUUGUGAUGUUUUUAUCAGCUGUUUGGACUCUCAUUCUGACGGCACCCAUUCACUGCAGAGGAUCCAUUGAUGAGGAAGUGAUGUAAAAUUUCUUCUAAUCUGUUACAAUUGUUGCAGUGUCUCUCUUGUAGGAUUCCCCUGACCCAGAUGGAGGAGGAGAGGAGGGAGCACGUGAUGAAGAUGAAGAAGAUGGAGCAGGUCUUUGAGAUGAAGGUCAAAGAAAAGAAGCAAAACCUGAAGGACUCUGAGGCAGAGUUGGAGCGGCGUCACGAACAGAUGAAGAAGAAUCUAGAAGCUCAGUAUAAAGAGCUUGAGGAGAAGAGGCGCCAGUUUGAGGAGGGAAAAGCCAACUGGGAGACCCAGCAACGCAUCCUGGAGCAGCAGAAACUUGAUGCAUCAAAAUCAAUGAAAAAGAACAAGAAAAAAGGAAAUACUUUUAAAGACAUCAUGAAGCUCCAUUCUUUAUAAAACCAGAAACUCAUUGCAUCUCUUUAGAUGCUCUGAUGUUUUAUGACCCCAUAAGAAACACAUGCUGGAGUGCUACAUUACAGUUUACUGCACAUUCCAUUUCAACAUGAAUGAAAGGGAUGAAAUGUAGGAUAUUUUUAUAGUCACAUCCACACACGAUAUCAUCGCCCUCUUCUGGUUGACUAUUAUAUUGCACCACAUGCCCAGUAUUUCAAGUGUAUGUUCUCCACCUUUCGAUUAAAGUGAAUAUAUUGACCUUUGAAACUUUAAAUUGUGGUUAUUACAAACAAUACUUCAUGUUCAUAAUAAUUUCUGACAGUACAGACAGACAUUUUCAGCUCUGCUGUCCACAUUCACACAUCUUAGUGUUAAUAUGGUCUCGUGGUAGGUUCGUAUGGGUGUUAUAGAUGAGGUUAUACAAAAUGCCAUGAUUGUCAAUAUUAAUAACCAUAGUCAUAUUUUGUUAUGGAUAGAUAAUAUAAUUACAAUAAUAUUAUAGGAUGUUGCUAAAACAUUCUGCCUUAAAAUUGCAGACUUUUACGGCAUUUUGUCUGCUCAUGUUUUAUUCUCUUUUUUUUUUUUUUGUUAACCGAUUAUGUUAGAUGUCCUUCAAUCUAUUCCUAAACUGAUCUGAGACCAGUUUGUUUCAUUUUAAUAGUUGGGACUUGGAUUUUUAGUUGUUAUGGCUGGUCCUAGAUCAGGGCUUGGUGGUCACUUUUAACCCGAGUGAGUUCAGUAUAUCUAAACAGAUGUUAUUUUAGCCAUACUCACCCAGAUUACCCUUUAUAAUAAACUCACUUUACAUUCUAAAUGUAAAUGAGAGUGGAAGCGCUCUUUGUUUGUGUCGGAUAGUUUAGAUUUAUAA